AUGGUCUACCCCCGCUCCCGAAACCAAGGCCGCCCCUACCGCGACUACGGCAUCAACGACACGCGUGCUCUCGGCGGAGGUCUUCGCGGCGUUCUCGACCGCAACCACAUGAAUAACGCAUACGAGCGGUACCCGACGUAUGGCGCAGCAGAAUGGGCUCGAGGCGGAGGUUGGGCGGGUCCGGCUGGAGCGAGCGCGUACUCUGGGAUGCGGAAUCAAUUCGCGGGCUUGCGCUUGAAGCAACGUAAGCACAAGAUAUCCAAGCACAACAAGGAACGUCAACAUUUCCAAUCGCACUUUGAACCGCAAAUGGCAGGAACGUGGAAUCGAUACGGAAAUCGAGGUUUUCGAGAUUACGGCCUUGACGACUACAGCAGUCUAGGCGGCGGUCUUCGCGGUGUGCUGGAUCGUAAUCAUCGGCGAAGAGCUUACGGUCAGUACCCGAAUUUUGGAGCGGCUGAAUGGGCACGCAACGGUGGGUGGGCGGGCUCUGCAGGUGCCGAGCGGUAUGGGCAAUGGCAGGCGCGGAAUGCUGGUCUGCGCUAUGCGCCGCAGCUUCGUGGAUGGGGGUUCGGGUCUGGAGGUCCGCCGACGACUGGUGGAUUCUUUUAG